AUGAGGAAGCGACCUAGCAGCGGCGAAAAACAAGUGUCUCCUCCACCAGCAAAAAGGCGGCAGCAGUCCCACACGACAAGUGAGCUGUGGCAAUGCGAAUGCGACUAGUUUUAGCUCACAUGAAAUGCAGACAAAGCAGUAGCCAGUUUCUUCACUCCCGCGUCGAAGAAAGAGCCUGAGACGAUGACGUGGCGAGUCGUGAAGGACAGCCUGCUUGUCGGCCGAUACAAUGCUUCAUCUACAGCUCCACUAGCCAGUACAGCCAAGCGGAGAGUGGCAGCUUUUGAUUUCGUAUGUCUGCAGGAAGACGCAAGCAGCUCGUUUGUUUGUGCGACAAUUUUUCGCUAAUGUUAGUACUGCAGGAUUCAACAUUAGUGACGACUGCAUCUGGAAAGAAGUUUGGCCGUGAUGCCAGCGACUGGAAAUGGUGGCACAGCAGUGUCCCAGGAGCUCUCAGGAAGCUUCACGAGGACGGGUUCCUUCUUGCAGUGAUGAGCAACCAAGGCGGUAUCAGCCUCAAAUCAGAUCCGAAGACUGUCAAGUCUGACCAGAAGCGAUUGGCGGACUUCAAGGGUAAAGUCUCGGCAGUGCUCAGCCAGCUCAGCCUACCGGUCACGGUGUAUGCAGCUACGGGCCGGGACGGAUAUCGCAAACCACGAGUGGGAAUGUGGGUAGAGUUAUUGGAUGAUCACGACCUUGAUGGCAUGGAAGCCGUUGACCUAGAGAACUCUUUUUUUGUUGGCGACGCCGGUGGCCGCGAGGCGGUGGCUGGAAUAAGCGUCAACGACCACUCAUGUGUCGACAGGGAUUUUGCAGCCAACGUAGGCUUACCAUUCCAUACGCCGGAGGAGUACUUUCUGCAACAGAGUCCUAGUCCGUUUGGGAGGAGCUUCGAUCCAACUACUUUCACAAACAAGCUGGUCGAUAAUCCAAGACCUGCAGAUCCCAUCAUUACGAAGACUGACGUAUUGGAGAUCGUCCUUUUAGUCGGUAGCCCCGGUGCUGGCAAGUCGUCGUUCUAUUGGAAGCAUCUACAACCGCUGGGUUAUGCCCGUGUCAACCAAGACAUCCUCAAGACUGUAAGUGCUUCGGCAUCGUUUACAUGCAUGAUCACACGUGCUGUACCACCUGUCGGCGCAUUGAGUAACAGCUUGAAACAGCGCGAGAAAUGCGUAAAAGCAGCCACUGCGCUCAUCGAAGAAGGCACAAGUGUGGUGGUUGAUAACACCAACGCGGACCAAGAUGUGCGCGCCGUAUGGGUGAAUCUGGCAAAGAAACACUCCAUGCCCAUUCGCUGCAUACUCUUUACAGCAUCGGCUAAACUGUGUGAACACAACGACACAUUCCGUGCGUUGAAUCUUGGUCCAGAAGCCAAUCCCGAAAACAGGACCAUGUUGCCGAAAAUUGCGUUCACCAGCUUUGCGUCAAGACACCGUGCACCAAAGCUGGAGGAGGGGUUCCAAGAGAUCAUCAAGGUAGACUUCGCGUUCACUGGCUCCGAUGAGCAGAGGGAGCUAUGGAGCAAGUACUGGGUAUGA